AUGUCCGGCCCUCUCUUCGGCAUCGUCCCAGCCGGCCAGCCCCUACAGACCACCCCAACCUCCGCCCCCUCAGAAACCUCCUUCCUCUACUCCAUCUCCGCCGCAAGACCCUUCUCCCACAUCACUGUCAUGCUCCUCCCAGGCAUCGUCCUGUCCCCCGACACCGCCGCCGCAAUCUACUUCGCCACAGCCGCCGACGUCGCCGCCGCAACCGCGACGGGCCAGACCCCCGACUUCAAGUUCCUCGGCGGCAUCGGCACGGGCAAGGAGAGCGCCACCUUCAAACUCAACGCCGGCAACAGCAAUGCCAACAAUGGUGGUGAUCCCAACGCCGGCAGCGUCAUAAUUGGCGUCUCGGUCGAGCCCGCCGAGUCCGUCUUCUCUCGCAUCCAAGAAAUCUCCGCCAACAAGACCUCCUCCUCCUCCUCCGGCGCAACGGGGCCGUCCACGCAGCUCCUGGCGCAGAACAUCAUCAAAAACGCCUUCAACUUUCUCGCAAGCUUCAGCGGCACGGCCGGCCCCGGUGGUGUAGAGGUCGUCCCGCUCAAGGCGUUUGAAGAGUGGUGGAAAAAGUUUGAAAGCCGCGUGCGGUCUGAUCCGAGCUUCCUCGAAAGGCCGCAAGAUUGA